AGAAAGGUCGGUGAUAAUAAGACAAACACCUACCUUUCUCUUUUAAUCAUACCAAACCCUAAUACAACAGGGGAUUUGUUCUAGAUCGUUCACCAUUCUGCUCUCUUGCUUGCUCUCGCCUCUUGCAACCAUUGCUGCUAUCAGAGUCAAAGAUGGGGCCUAUGGAUAUUGUUGGUAAGACCAAAGAGGAUGCUUCGUUACCGAAAGAUUCAUUUGCAGUGUUUUUAUUUUUUAAAAGUUCGGUGCCCCAGUUCGGCGGCUAGGGUUUAGUCAGAGUUUUCCCAACGAUUGAGUCAAAUCAACCACAUACAAGUUGUUGUUACCCUCGAUCCACCUAUCCGUAAGGGCAAACUAUGUAUCGUUGCAGUUUGAAACUAUUAUGUGGUGGAAAGCACGUUGACCAUGAAUGAAGAUCUUUUCGCUACCAAAUACAAGGACAAGCUAGAACCAACUUAUAAGGGACUGAUUUAUGAAGUGUUUACAAUGGUAUUGAGAGGCUUAUCAGGCACAAAACUCACAAGUCCCGGAAAAUUCCGUAGCUGUCAAGACGGUUACGCUGUGAAGUCAUCGUUAAAAGCCGAAGAUGGCGUUCUUUAUCCGCUUGAAAAGAGCUUUUUCUUCUUACCAAAACCACCUACUCUUAUUCUAUACGAUGAGAUGGCAAAAUAUUCCAAGUGCAAGCUGGAAUUCAGCAAGUGUCAAAGGAAGGAUAUAGGGUAUGUUUGGCAAAAGUAUUUGGUCGCAAAAGAAGAGUUCGGUGAUGAAGAGGUGAACUGUGAAUCUUCACCGAAACAGGCUACAAAUUUUUUAUUUUGGUUUCGCUCGAUCCAAUUUAGAUGAAGAAAGCCAAGAAUGCGAUCUUGAACCAACGCUACGUAGCGCGCCGCAACGCGCGCGGGGUAUAAACCUAGUAGGUUAUCAAAUUGGGUUUGAGACUUUGAGUUUGCGUUUGUGAUUUUGUGCUUGUUUGUGCUAUUUUUUUAUAGCUAAACUUGGAGAUACAAGAUAACUACUUUAAGUUAUUCUUAACUGAUAUGUAAAUAGCUAAAAUUAUGAAAAGCAUCUAUUUAUUAAAACUAUUUCUCUU